AAAAAAAAAAAAAAAAAGAAAAAAAAAAGGAAAAACAGGAAGAGUCAGCACUCAGCACAGAACAGUGAUGGCGGAUCUCUAUGCUCUGGAUUUUGAUGGAGUCCUUUGCGACAGCUGCGGCGAGAGCUCUCUUUCCGCUGUCAAGGCUGCUAAAGUAAGAUGGCCAAGUCUAUUCGAUGGCGUCGAAUCGUCGCUGGAGGAUUGGAUUGUUGAUCAGAUGCACAUUGUUCGACCAGUAGUAGAAACUGGAUAUGAAAAUUUACUACUUGUGAGGUUGCUUCUGGAGAUCCAAAUGCCUUCUAUUCGGAAAUCUUCGAUUGCAGAGGGACUCACAGUAGAGGAAAUAUUGGAGAACUGGUCGACAAUAAAACCUGUAAUAAUGGCCGAAUGGGACGAGGAUAGAGAUGUCCUAAUUGAUCUUUUCGGAAAGGUCAGAGAUGAAUGGAUUGACAAUGAUUUGGCCACCUGGAUAGGGGCAAACAGAUUUUAUCCUGGUGUUGCGGAUGCCCUGAAGUUUGCUAGCUCAAAGCUCUACAUUGUCACGACAAAACAGGGCCGUUUUGCGGAGGCUUUACUUCGAGAGAUUGCUGGAGUCGUUAUUCCGCCCGAAAGAAUAUAUGGUCUUGGAACUGGUCCUAAAGUGAAAGUGCUGAAGCAGCUCCAGGACAUGCCAGAACACGAAGGUCUAACCCUUCACUUCGUUGAAGAUCGACUUGCGACUCUAAAGAAUGUGAUUAAAGAGCCAGAAUUGAGCAAGUGGAACCUAUAUUUAGGGGAUUGGGGUUAUAACACACUAAAUGAGAGAGAUGAGGCUGCAACAAUUUCCAGGAUUCGCAUUCUUCAGUUGUCGGAUUUCAGCAAAAAGCUUAAAUGAUCGCCACGUCAGCCCACUAUUUCGAUAUUCGAGAAACAUUUAUUAAACUUGAUAAAUCAAAGAUUAUACAUGAGAGUAAAGAUAGAUCAAGCAUAAGAAAAUAGUAACAAGUGUAACCAUCCACUAUUCUUUUUCUUCUUGUUUCGUAAGUGUAAUAAAAGUAUUGGAUCGUCUAUAGAAAAUUGUAAUAAAGUGUAUUCCAAUUCGAACGUGCUAGCACCAGCGGAAGAACAAUGCUGUUUUCUUGUUUUCUUGUA